ACCUCCUGUCUCCCCCCUACUAAGACUCAUCCUCAUCAGCUGCUGUUUAAGAGGAUCAUCAUUUCUUGCAAACUGUCAUCAUAAUCAUCAAAGUUUACCUGGACUAAGGCGAGUCCAAAGACUUAAAGUCACACGCACUGACUGCAUCUACCUGCAGAAAUCUAAAGUUUUCUUGCAAGCCGGCUCAAGAUGCCAGAGCCAACAAAGAAAGACGAGACGCCAAAUGGCCAGCCAGAAGAAAGUGUUGCCCCAGACAGUAAUGGUGCCCCAACCCUGCCUGAGAUUUCCCUGGAGGUUUCUCCCCCACCAGAGUCGGUAGCAGAGGGGAAAGAGCCAGUAGAGACUGAUGGGAAGAGACCAGAGCCCACUGGGCCUGAGCCAUUACAGGCUGUGGUGGCUCAGGAGCAGAACCCCGUCGAGAACGGUUCAAACCAACAGGAGCCUAGUAGGGUUGGGGUGAAUGAGCAAGCAGAGUCCUCUAGUCCUGCUGUAAAGGAGGGCACUUGCUCUCCCCCUCCGACUGAAGAUGGCAGUACAGUGAAGAAACUCUCAAUUGACCUGCCUAAUGAUAGUGACCCUGUGGCAACCACGGGCAGAAAAGACUCAGUGUGGUCUCUGGGAGAGGGUCAGGCCCCAGAGGAUGUGGACAAACCAAUCGACAAUCCACCGUUGUCUACGCUGCUGAUCGAGAGGCCACAGAGUGGAACCGUCACUGUGGGGGGUGACAUCACUUUUGUUGCCAAGGUGGAAGCUAAAGAUCUUCUCCGCAAACCGACUGUUAAAUGGUUUAAAGGGAAAUGGAUGGACCUAGCCAGCAAGACAGGGAAACACCUGCAACUUAAAGAGACAUUUGAGCGGCAAACCAAGAUCCACACCUUUGAGAUGCACAUCAUCAAGGCCAAAGACAACUAUGCCGGAAACUACAGAUGUGAGGUGACCUACAAGGACAAGUUUGACAGCUGUUCCUUUGAUUUGGAAGUUAAAGAAGUUGAAAGCUCACAGGCUAUUGAUAUUCGAUCAGCAUUCAAAAGAAGCAGUGAAGGACAAGAAGAUGCAGGAGAGCUUGACUUUAGUGGUCUCCUUAAACAUAGGGAGCACAAACAGCAAGAUGACACCCCAGAAGUGGACGUGUGGGAGAUCCUGAAGAACGCCAGGCCAGACCAAUAUGAGAAAAUCGCCUUCAUGUACGGCAUCACCGACCUCAGGGGUCUCCUGAAAAGAAUGAAAAAGAUGCCCAAAGAGGAGAAGAAGAGUGCAGCCUUUGCAAAGAAGUUGGAUCCAGCAUACCAGGUGGAUAAAGGUGGAAAGAUCCGCUUGAUAGUUGAGCUGGCAGACCCCACAGUGGAUCUAAAGUGGUACAAGAAUGGACAGGAAAUCAGGCCAACUCCAAAUCAAAGGAA